AUGGUGUGUGAGGCUGCAUUCUCUUACAAGCGUAAAGAUUUCGAUCUCAACUUCACAAAAAUCAGGCAGGCCAAUGGGGAAUGUGCCAACUACCUUGAAGGGAUCGGGACUUCAAAGUGGUCUAGGACUUACUUCCCAGGAGAUCGUUACAACCUUCUAACCAUCAACACCGCAGAGCAGCUCAACAACGCUCUAACUAAAUCCAGGUCUUCACCCAUAAUUGAGUUAUUCAUGUUCAUCCAACGCAUGUUGACUCGCUGGUUCUCUGCUAGAAGGACCAAAUCCGCCAAGUGUCGUGGUUUUGUAACACCAGAGGUUGAGAAGGUUAUGCAGAAACAUAUCAGGCUCACCAAAGGCAGCAAGAUAGCUAACAUCAACACCUGGAGCUAUCAAGAUAGGGGUCUUUUCGGCCAUCCCAACACUGUCUCCUUAGAAAACAAAGUCUGCACCUGCCAGGUCUUCCAGAAGCUCAAAAUCCCAUGCGGCCAUGCUCUUCUAGCUGCUGAUUCCAUAGGUCUCCCCUAUGUUCAGCUUUUUGGUGAUUGCUACAAAACACAAACAUGGAUUGAAACAUACGCUGGGGUUAUCUACCCCGACGCUCCCAUUGGAGACUUCUCCAUCCCGGAAACAAUUACUUCUGUGACCAUGCUCCCCCCUCAGACUCGUCAUCCAUCAGGCCGCUCAAAGGACAAGCGUGUCGCCUCAACAGGCGAGAUACCUGCACCCAAGAAGAAAAAACUUUUCCCUAACAAAUGCGGACGUUGUGGAGGCACUGGUCACAACAGGACCAACUGUGUUCUCCCAAUCUGA